AUGUUUCACUCAUUUUCAUAUGAUUGUCAAAAAUAUUUUAAUCUUUGUGUGGCAGAACGAAACAUUCUUAUUUUUAUUUCUGGUAAUUUACUGCAUUUUUUUAAUACCACAACAAACGAGUUAUGGUUUAGGAGAGGAUAUACUAAUGAAGGAAUAGGACAUGUGACGAAAAAUCCCAGAUUUGAUCAUAUUGCUGUCGGAGAAAACGGUAUUAAACCUCCAAUAAUAAUUUAUGAAUGGCCAUCGAUGUACAUAGUAACGAUUUUAUAUAAUGGCACACUGAAAAGCUAUUCCCAUUUAACAUACAGUGCGGAUGGUUUGUUCUUAGUGUCACAAGGAGGAGAACCAGAUUAUACGAUCACUCUUUGGGACUGGCAAAAGUCCAGAGUAGUAUUGAAAUGUAGGUCUUAUAAUCGGAAUGUUUACAAUGUAAUGAUGUCCCCGUUGCUACCUGGAUAUUUAGUGACUAGUGGAUCGGAACAUAUAAAAUUUUGGAACAUUUCCAAAACGGUCACUGGGCUCAAAUUAAAAGGUGAAAUCGGCAGAUUUGGUCAAACUGAAAUAUCUGACAUUAUUGGCAUAUAUAUUAUGCCAGAUGGAAAGGUCAUAUCCAGCUGCGAAUGGGGUAAUAUUUUAUUGUGGGAAGAAGGUUUGAUUACUCUAGAAAUAUGUCAGAAAAAUCGUCAGCCAUGUCACACCAAGGCAAUUACGCAAUUCGAAUAUAUAAACGGAGAACUCAUAUCAGUCGGUAUGGAUGGAUGGAUUCGAAGUUGGUUUUAUGAAACUAUAGAUCAAGCAAAUUUCCGAGAUGAUGAACAUUUUCUGGAAAUCCAACCGAUCUAUGAAUAUCACAUCAGCGAAAAUAGCAAAGUAGGUAAUUCAAUGCUCAUGUGUAUACGUAAACAAGAAGCGGAUAAUCCGGAAAGCACAUUUUGGUAUGCUCAGGACGGAAGUGGUGGAAUUUGGUUGAUAGACUUACGCAGUAUGAACGCGGAAUUACCACAAAAAAUCUUUACAUGCCAUGAAGGUGCAAUAGUCGAUAUGGAUAAUGCGACAUGGGGUCCCUUUAUAGCUACGCUUGGCAAAGCAGGACAAUUGCAUGUUUAUAAUUAUCUAGAGAAAAAAUUAAUUCUGGAGCAUAAAUUUAAUGAUACUGGCAGUCAAAUUGUUUGGUUUCCAUGUCAUGUCGAAGCAACGGGAUCGACGCUUGCUUGUGCUUUUCAAAGCGGUAUUGUUCGUAUAAUAACCGUAGCAAUAUCAACGGCUAACUUCGUUAAUAACAUAAAAGGGGAUUAUGUUAGAUUGAUUCAAGUCAUGAAACCGCAUAAAACAGCAAUAAUGGCGAUGUCUUCAAACCCUUCUUACAGCUUGUUAGUAACUGGUGGUGAAGAUUCAACUAUAUUUAGCUUUGCCAUAACGAUGACGGAAACUUAUCCUGUCAUUGUUCCAAUCGGUUUCAUCACAGUACCUUCAGGAGUCACGUGUCUCACAUGGAAACCACAAUAUGAAACAACAUUGUUAAUUGGAUGUCUUCAAGGAGAGUGCGUGGAAGUUACAUUACCAAAUAUGCCUCGUCCAUACACUAUCUCUUCAUACGAGCUUGUUGAAUGUCAACUGAAAGCAUUUAAAUUUAAUUCUGUAAAAUCCAUUAUUCGAAGAGAAUUAAUACGUUUAAAUCGAAAGAGAGAAAGAAAGGAGAAAGAAGCAAAAAGACGAGACGAACUAAUGCAAUUAGUAGCUGAUGCUUCUGAAAUGGAAAUCGAUGAAGAAUCGCCUUUUGACGUGGAAGAAGACGAAGAACCAUUGCCACAAAUAUAUGUACCGGAAAUACCUAAUAAGGUAUUAAUAGCACAAUACAUCAAUCAUAAUAUCAUAUGGUUAUCAAUGGCAGGAUUCGAUGCAGGAUACAUGUACGAAUAUCCAAGUCCAGAAAUGACUGAAAUUAUUGGAACAGAACCUGUUAGGAGUAUUAUAAUAUAUGAUGCAGAUGAUACAGAAAUACGAAGCUGUCUGUUCUAG